AUGGAGCGCCAAGCGGCUCAGCCCUCCGCCGCCUCCGCGCGACUGCGGGCCCUCUCGGGCAGUGCAGGGAGCACCAGACCGCCGGCGCCGCCCAUCCGCUGCGGGAGGAUGACUAAACCCGGAUUCACCGAGCGGAAGGCGCUCCAGCGGUGCUGCGUGGCAUCCUCAGCCAGCAAUGGCGCGACUGGACACGCGGAGGGCCGUCAAGCCGUGCACUGCGACCUGAGCGCCUUUCCACAGUGCGAGUUCUUCCAUGUGGAGGCCAUUUUUCGGCCGUGGCGCCUGAAUUCUGUUGUUUCACGCCUUGCGGAGGAAGGCAUUCGCGGAAUGACUGCCUGCAAUGUUAGUGGGGUGGGAAUGCAGGGAGGUCUGCACGAGAGAUAUGCAGGCUCUGAGUUCGGCUUGGACGACUUGGUGGAGAAGGCGCAGCUGUCUGUUGUGUGCACAAGGGAUCAAGUGGACCUUGUUGCAACAACGAUUGCGGACGCUGCAUGGACAGGGGAAAUUGGAGACGGGAAGAUCUUCGUUCAUCCUGUUGCAGAUGUAGUCCGAAUCCGGACAGGGGAAAGUGGACUGGAGGCCGAGCACAUGGAAGGUGGCAUGAGUGACAUUCAUGCAUCCAAUUCAGAACUGGAUGAUUGA